UCCAUGGCCGAGGUGCUCGCCAAAAAGGAGGAGCUGGCGGAUCGCUUGGAGAAAGCCAACGAGGAGGCCAUUGCGAGCGCGAUCGCCGAGGAGGAGCAGCUGACGAGGGAGAUCGAGGCGGAGGAGAACACCGACAUCAACCUGGAAACGGACAACGACAGCGACUUCUCUGCCAGCCUGGGCAGCAUAUCAUUCUGCGGCAUUUCCAUGGAUUGGAAUGACGUCCUGGCGGAUUACGAAGCUCGUGAAUCGUGGCGCCAAAAUAAUUCCUGGGGCGACAUCGUGGAAGAAGAACCCGCUCGCCCACCGGGCCACGGAAUCCACAUGCACGAGAAACUGUCUUCUCCCUCCCGCAAGAGGACAAUUGCAGAAUCGAAGAAGAAGCACGAAGAGAAGCAGAAGAAGGCUCAGCAGCUGAGAGAGAAGCUCCGCGAGGAGAAAACUCUAAAGCUUCAGAAAUUAAUGGAAAGGGAAAAAGAUGUGAAAAAAUGGAAAGAAGAAUUGUUGGAUCAGAGACGAAGGAUGAUGGAGGAAAAAUUGCUCCACGCAGAGUUUAAACGUGAAGUGCAGUUGCAAGCGAUUGUCAAAAAAGCCCAAGAGGAAGAAGCUAAGGUGAAUGAAAUUGCAUUCAUAAACACCUUGGAAGCCCAGAAUAAGCGCCACGAUGUUUUGUCCAAGCUGAAAGAAUACGAGCAAAGACUGAAUGAAUUGCAGGAAGAGCGCCAACGAAGGCAGGAAGAGAAGCAAGCCCGCGAUGAAGCUGUCCAGGAACGGAAGAGAGCUUUGGAAGCGGAGCGUCAGGCACGGGUGGAAGAGUUGCUAACGAAGAGGAAAGAACAAGAAGCUCGGAUUGAGCAGCAGAGGCAGGAGAAGGAGAAAGCCCGGGAAGAUGCCGCUCGGGAACGGGCCAGAGAUCGGGAAGAGAGAUUAGCUGCUCUCACUGCAGCCCAGCAAGAAGCCAUGGAGGAGCUCCAGAAGAAGAUCCAGUUGAAGCACGAUGAGAGCAUCCGGAGGCACAUGGAGCAGAUAGAACAGAGGAAAGAAAAAGCGGCCGAAUUGAGCAGCGGGAGACACGCCAACACAGACUAUGCGCCCAAACUCACACCCUACGAGCGCAAGAAGCAGUGUUCACUCUGUAACGUUUUGAUUUCCUCGGAGGUGUAUCUCUUUAGCCACAUUAAGGGGAAAAAGCAUCAACACGCCGUGAGGGAGAACAGCAGCAUCCAAGGCCGGGAACUUUCCGAUGAAGAAGUGGAACACCUGUCCUUAAAGAAGUACAUCGUGGAUAUUGUGGUAGAAAGCGCGGCUCCCGCCGAGCCCGUAAAAGACGGAGAAGACAGGCAGAGGACAAAAAAGAAAGCCAAGAAGCUGAAGGCGCGGAUGAACUCAAGGGCAAAGGAGUACGAAAACGGAAUGGAAUCAAAAAAUGCCUCUUAUGAGUCUCCGUACAAAGCAAAGCUACAACGACUGGUGAAAGAUUUGCAGAAGCAGCUUCAGAUUCAAGAUGGUACCAAAAUCUCCGCUCUGGAUAGGAUUUUGGGAGAGAUUUCCCGGAUCCUGGAAAAAGAGAAUGUGGCAGAUCAGGUCGCCUUCCACGUGGCUGGUGGGUUUUCCGCUCUGGAGCAAGUCCUUCAAGUUGCAACAACGUCCAUCAACCUGAAUUCCAUUUCAAGAAUCCCUUUGAAAUCCCUCUGUAGUACCAUCAGCGCCUAUUAUCUGGCCUGCAAUAACUGUGUGGAAAACUGCACUUACGUUCUCUUCAGCAACAAGAUUAUUUUUUUAACGGAUCUGUUGAUGCACCAAUUAAUGGUAUACAUCCCAGAUGACCACAAUGCAACCUCAGGGAGAGCAAUUAACAAGCAAGUCUUUGAAGGUCUAAUAACUGGAGUGCUCAGGAUCCUGGCUGUGGUGUUUGGCUCUCUGAUGUCCGACGUACCCAACACUAAUAACCAAAUUUGUGCGCCAAAAUUGAUUCAAGAAAUGAAAAACAAGACCUCCCAAGCUGAAGUUUUUAACAAUAGGAUACAAGACCUUAUCAGCUACAUGGUGAACAUUGGAUUAAUAGAGAAGCUGAGUUGCUGCUUCCUCUCCAUCCAAGGCCCAAUUGACGAAACGCCCAAAACGGCGGCUUUCUUGCAGAACUCCACCUCGGCCUUGCACGGGAUGUGUCAGCUGUGUUUCACUGUCAACGGCAGGUCCGGAAGCAUCUUUGCCGAGACCCACCCGGAUCCCACCGGGCUGACGGCGGCUUUCAAGGCUACGGAUCUGGUGGGCGUUUUGCACAUGCUCUACUGCGUUCUCUUCCACGGCACCUUCGUGGAGCUGAACGCGGCCAAUCCCAAAGAGAGCUUCACGGCCAACACCCUGCAGGUCGCUCUCCAGAGUUUGCGCUUCUUCAACAGCUUUGCUCUGCUGGAUCUGUCCGCUUUCCAGUCUGUGGUUGGCGCUGAAGGUCUCUCCCUGGCAUUUCGGCACAUCAUCAGCUCCCUGCUCUGGCACUGUUCCCACCACACCUGCGAAGUGCUGCUUCACGAAGUCAUUGUCUGUGUGGGCUACUUCACUGUCAACCAUCCAGACAACCAGGUGAUUGUGCAAUCCGGCCGCCAUCCCACCGUGCUGCAGAAACUGUGCCAGUUGCCUUUCCAGUAUUUCAGCGACCCUCGACUGAUCAAAAUCCUCUUUCCGACACUAAUUGCCGCUUGUUACAAUAACCCACAAAACAAGAUCAUCCUGGAGCAAGAAAUGAGUUGUGUGUUGUUAGCCACCUUCAUUCAGGAUUCUACACAAGGCUCGGGCCAAACAGACAACCAGCCUUCGCAACAAAGGGAAACAUUCUUCACUUCUCAAGAUUACUUGGAGCUGUUAAACAGGUUCCCGCGGCAGACCUGGGAAGACGCCCGGCAGUUUUUCUUGAAGAAAGAGAAAAAAGGAUAA